GUGCGUGCUGCGUCAUGACGCAUCUGCAUUACAGAAUGGCGGAUACGUGUGUGGGUCUUGUGUCAUUAACGUUAGCCCACCACAAUUCCAGAGCGAACGAUUGUACCAAAAUUUGACUUUAAAUUAUUUUAAACGAUUGGGGGUAUCAGCAAAAGGAGUCAGUAUGGCCCACAGAUACCUCUUUAUAUCGAGAGGCUGCAGGCGUAUUCUCCAAAGCUCGUUACCCCCAAAUGUAGUAAGGACAACUAGUGUAUACCUGGCCUCAGGAGGAGCUGACAGUCAGGUCACGGUUGACAGGGGGACCCUGCUUGCCAGUGCAUUGGGCGUCUAUGGAAGACUUUGCUCCAAGCACCCAAAAGGAUUUGAGAAGUAUUUUCCUAAUGGCAAGAAUGGGCCUAAAAGCUCUGAGCCCAAAGCAGCCAAUGCAGAGGCUAAAGAGGCAAAGCCGACCAAUGCACAGGGAGCCACUGGAAAGACAACAGGAAGUGGAGGGGGCGGAGGAGGAGGAAGUGGGGGCGGUGGAGGAGGAGGAGGAGGGAGAAGAGGAGGGAGGAAAGAUGAGUCGGGUUGGUGGAACCGUUUGCAGAAGGGUGAUGUGCCCUGGGACGACAAGGAAUUCCGAAUGUACUUCCUGGCCGGGGCAGCCUUCUGGUCGGCUGUCGCCUACUAUUUGUUCUUCCGAAAUGGCGGACGAGAGGUCACCUGGAAAGACUUUGUCAACAGUUACCUCUCCAAAGGAACUGUGGACAGACUGGAAGUGAUUAACAAGCGCUAUGUUAGAGUCAUUUUCACCCCUGGAAAAACACCAUUUGAUGGACAAUAUGUGUGGUUCAACAUCGGCAGCGUGGACACUUUUGAGCGUAACCUGGAGACGGCACAGAUGGAGAUGGGUAUCGAGGGGGAGAACAAACUGCCAGUGGUGUACUCUACUGAGAGUGACGGGUCCUUCCUCCUCAGCAUGCUGCCCACUGUGCUCAUCAUCGGCUUCCUGUUGUUCACGCUGCGCCGCGGCCCCGCUGGCGCGGGACGUCCCGGGCGGGGAAUGGGGGGCCUCUUCAGCGUGGGCGAGACCACCGCCAAGGUGCUGCGGGACGAGAUCGACAUCAAGUUCAAGGACGUGGCGGGCUGCGAGGAGGCCAAGCUGGAGAUCAUGGAGUUCGUCAACUUCCUGAAGAACCCCAAGCAGUACCAGGACCUGGGAGCCAAAAUCCCCAAGGGAGCGAUCCUCACCGGGCCUCCCGGCACGGGGAAGACUCUGCUGGCGAAGGCCACGGCCGGGGAGGCCAACGUCCCCUUCAUCACCGUCAACGGCUCCGAGUUCCUGGAGAUGUUCGUGGGCGUGGGGCCGGCCAGAGUCCGUGACCUGUUUGUUUUGGCGCGUAAGAACGCUCCCUGCAUCCUGUUCAUCGACGAGAUCGACGCUGUGGGGCGGAAGAGAGGCCGGGGCAACUUCGGGGGGCAGAGUGAGCAGGAGAACACACUCAACCAGCUGCUGGUGGAGAUGGACGGGUUCAACACUGCGACCAACGUUGUGGUGCUGGCGGGAACCAACAGGCCCGACAUCCUGGACCCUGCCCUCAUGAGGCCCGGUCGCUUUGACCGCCAGAUAUAUAUUGGGCACCCGGACAUCAAGGGCAGGGCGUCCAUUUUCAAGGUUCACCUUCGGCCCCUCAAACUGGACUUGGAGAUGGACAAGAACGCCCUGGCCAGGAGGAUGGCGGCUCUGACCCCGGGGUUUUCAGGUGCUGACAUCGCUAACGUGUGCAAUGAAGCAGCGCUGAUAGCGGCUCGACACCUUUCCGACUCUAUCAACCAGAAGCACUUUGAACAGGCCAUCGAGCGCGUGAUUGGAGGGCUGGAGAAGAGGACCCAGGUGCUCCAGCCGGAAGAGAAGAAGACGGUGGCGUAUCAUGAGGCGGGACACGCUGUAGCGGGGUGGUUCCUGGAGCACGCCGACCCCCUGCUGAAGGUGUCCAUCAUCCCGCGGGGGAAGGGCCUGGGCUACGCGCAGUACCUGCCCAAGGAGCAGUACCUGUACACCAAAGAGCAGCUGCUGGACCGCAUGUGCAUGACCCUGGGGGGCCGCGUGUCAGAGGAGAUCUUUUUCGGCAGGAUCACCACCGGGGCCCAGGAUGACCUCCGCAAGGUCACGCAGAGUGCCUACGCUCAGAUCGUGCAGUUCGGGAUGAACGAAAAGGUGGGCCAGGUGUCCUUUGACCUCCCUCGGCAGGGCGAGAUGGUUCUGGAGAAGCCCUACAGCGAGGCCACCGCCCGCCUGAUCGACACGGAAGUGCGCCACCUCAUCAACUCCGCCUACGAGCGCACCCAUGCCCUGCUGGCCGAGAAGAAGCCCGAGGUGGAGAAGGUGGCGCUCCGCCUGCUGGAGAAGGAGGUCCUGGACAAGAACGACAUGGUGGAGCUGCUUGGGGCGCGGCCCUUCGCCGAGAAGUCCACCUACGAGGAUUUUGUGGAGGGGACGGGCAGCUUGGAGGAGGACACCAGCCUGCCCGAGGGGCUGAAGGACUGGAACAAGGAGCGCGGCGCGGACAAGGAGGAGUCCACCGAGGAGCAGGUGGCCCGGCAGAUCAAAGGAGGGAUGCCUUUCUGAGCCAUCCCUCCCACCCCCCUGCACCCCCCCCCCCCCCACCCCCAUCCCUCCUCCCAGCCUUGGCUUACGCCCACGUCCCGAUCCGCCCCGCCUCUCUCCCAACUGCAAACUCCUGUGCCGGACGUGUGGGCGAACUGUUCUGCAGGGGGUCUCCGGAUUGCAGUGAUGGGGUGUGUGUCUGUGGGGUUUGAGCGGGUCUUCAGGUUUGCCACUGCCCAGCCACACCUGGCUGCCAUUGCUGAGCUCCUGAGGACCAGGAAGGAGAGAGGGCCGAAGAGCUUAUUCAGCCUUGCAGGUUUAGAGGGUAAUCCAGGACUGUUUUUGCAAUGAGUAAAUAUUAAUAAUGAAUUCCUUGGCUACCAUAGGAAAAGGGAUGCAGAGUAAUAUAUUUGUCUGAAUAGCAGCCCUGGCGAUUUACUGAUUUAUUCUGCUUCUGUGAAGUGGAUGUGUUAAUCUGGGGUGAAAUGCACACACUGGUUUAAAACACGCAUCAAAUAUCAUUAGGUGUAGAUCACUGUGCUGUUUUAGUAUACUUUGUUGCUUUGAAUCACCAAAGUGAGCAGUCAUUUAUCAAACCUGGCAAAAAUAAGAGCAUGUCAUGUGAAAGCAGCUAAUAAUAUGCAAGUUAACCAAAUUGUCACAGAGGUAAAAAGCAAGCUGUGCUCUGACUGCGCAGGCGGGGCUCUGGCUGCUUCGAAUGUGCUCUGACUUCUUCAACUGUGCUCUGACUGCGCUGACUGUGCAGGCAGGGCUCUGACUAUGCAGGCUGGACUCUGACUGCGCAGACUGUGCUCUGACUGUGCAGGCAAGGCUCUGAUUGUAGCCUGGGCUUUGACUGCGCAGACUGUGCUCUGACUGUGCUGACUGGGUUCUGACUGUGCAGACUGGGCACUGACUGUGUUCCUAGCAGGGUUUACUGCGCAGUCUGAGUGUUUGUGGCACUGGUUGACGGUGUGGUCACUCCAUUCUCAGGCCUCCUUUGUAAACAUUUGUUCUGCUUUUUAGUGCCAAAGCCAAACGAUGUGAUAUUUACGCUCCGCUGCAGUGUUUACUGUGAUAAUCUUUCAGGACAUUGCCCUGUCAGUGUCUGACAUAUCGCAGAGACACACACCUGAUGAGGCCUCAGUGCAAAAUCUUUGUUUUUCUGUCAUUAAUUUUUUCCGGGUUGCAGUUACGUAAUAAUAUGUAAUUGUGCAUUUUGUUCCGUGGUGGAAAAUGUUUUUGGCUGCAAAACAUGGAAAAUACAUAUUUAAAACCCCAAUGAA